ACCAACUUUCAGAUUUGGAAUCCGAACCGUAGAAAGAUUCAAAUUUUUUAUUAAAGGGCCGCCGACGUCAGUGUUCAUUGUCAUUUUAGUAAUCUCAAAACUCAAAAUAUGGCGGGAGAGGAUGGCCACUUGAAGGCGGCCAAGACAGCUUACCGGAAUGCCAAGGCUGAGGGGAAUCGGAGGGAGGAGGCAAGGUGGGCGAACGUGAUUGGGGAUUUGCUGAAGAACAGGGGAGAAUACGUUGAGGCCCUCAAAUGGCUUCGUAUAGAUUAUGAUAUUUCCCUCAAAUAUUUGCCCGAGAAGCAUUUGCUCCCAACUUGCCAGUCCCUUGGAGAGAUCUACCUUCGACUUGAGCAUUUCAUUGAUGCUCUUACUUACCAGAAAAAGCAUUUGGAGCUUGCCAGGGAUGCCAAUGACCUUGUUGAGCAGCAAAGAGCCAGCACCCAACUUGGUCGUACCUACUAUGAACUAUUUUCAAGAUCAGAGCAUGACCACAACUCAAUACGAAAUGCCAAAAAUUACUUUAAGUCUGCUAUGGAACUGGCACAGAUUAUUAAGGAAAACCCGCCGACUAGUUACUCUUCCCAUGUGAAGGAAUAUAUUGAUGCACACAACAACAGAGGUAUGCUUGAAAUGGAACUUGAUAACUUAGAAGAGGCUCAGAAAAUCCUAAGCCGAGGACUUAAGAUUUGCGAUGAAGAAGAAGUCAGCAGAGAUGAUGAUGGGCGCAGCAGGCUGCAUCAUAACCUCGGGAACGUGUAUAUGGAACUGAGAAUUUGGAAUAAAGCUAGAAAUAAUAUUGAGAUGGAUAUUCAGAUUUGUAACCGAAUUGGACACUGUCAAGGGGAAGCAAAGGGCUAUAUUAAUCUUGGUGAAGUGAAUUACAGGACUCAAAAGUAUGAGGAAGCCCUUUUGUGUUACAAAAAGGCUCUGCUUCGGGCACAGUCCCUGGAAGACGAGGAUGCUUUGCUCAGGCAAAUUCAUCAGAAUAUCAAAAUCAUAAAUGAAGCUAACAAGGUAAUGGAUGAAUUAAAGAAAGAAGAGCAGAACUUCAAAAAGCUUGAAAGAGAUGUGGCCACUGCAAGAGGCACACCACAGGAGCGGAAAUAUCUGCUGCUGCUAAAUAAAUCCAUUGAUUGCCUCCUCGAGAAAUACGGCACAAUUUUUGCAUGGGAGAAGCAUUGCAAAUUUGCAAAGAAGAAGAAGAAAAUAGCCCGUGAACUUUGUGACAAGGAAAAGGUGGCCGAUUCAUAUAUGGCUGUGGGAGAAUCCUACCAGAAGCUCAGGGAAUUCAAUAAAGCAAUUAAAUGGUACACAAAAAGCCUAGAAACGUACAAAAUUAUUGGUAAUUUAGAGGGGCAAGCUCUAGUAAAGAUUAAUAUUGGUAAUGUUUUUGAUUCUGCUCGCAAUUGGAGAGGAGCAUUGGAUGCAUUUCAAGAGAGCUACAGGAUUGCUGUUGAAGCUAACCUUCAUUCAGUGCAGCUUUCUGCUCUGGAGAAUAUGCACUAUAGCAACAUGAUAAGAUUUGAUGAUGAGAAUGAGACUAGGCGGUUGAAAAACCUAAUUGAUAAGCUGAAGAAGUCAAUAGAGAAAGAGCCGGAAACAAAAAAUAUGCCAGAAGACUACUGCUCUGAGACUGACACAGAAGCAAAUUGUUAUCUGUCAGAUAGUGGGUCUGAUGCCUUCUGCUCACCCAAGACAUCAUAUCGAUCAAAAAAUACAAGCGCUGAAGAAGAGUUGAAUGAAGAUGCGCCACUGAUGUCUCUCUGUCAGUCCAUUAGACGUUCAUCUAAAAAAAGCACAGGUCAUAAAAGUCCAAGCAACUCUCUCAAACAAGCUGAGCAGUCACCUGAAAACUAUCCAAAUCCUACCAAUAAUAAUCAGGCAGUUGUCGGUCGUAAACGCAUCCGCAUAAUUCUUUCUGAUAAUGAUGAUGCUGAGAUGGAAUGUUUAGUCGGAAAGGAUCAUCAUGGCCUAUUAAAGGAUGCCGCCACUUGUGAUGCAACUAAGAGUACGAGAAAUGCCAGUCCUGCUGCGUGUGGAAGCUCUGCCUUUUUGAGCCGGCAGGUUGACUUGCUGUGUGGAUCCAAAUGUGCAAUUAAUGUUGAGGAAAGCAGUAGUUCUUUCAAAUGCACGAGUCCUCGUGGAAGUAGCAUAGCUGGCAGACGUUCCAGAUCUUUGAGCAAUGAUAUGAUUGCUGAACCUGAUUUUGCUGGUAGUUCUAAAUGUGAUACGAAUAUUUCUGGGAAACUAUUGCAACAUGAUGUUGAUGUUGCCCGUCCUGUUUUGCAGAAUUUUGAAAAUUACCAAUAUAUUACAUGCAAGAUUGAAAAUGACUUUAUUCACGUGGAAGCAACUUCAUGUAUUGUUGAUGCUCAGUUGAAUAUUGAGUCUUUGAAGGCCGAAGUUGCAUGCUUAUACUAUCUGCAACUUCCCAUAGAGAAAAAAUCUGAAGGUUUGUUGCCCGUUUUUCAACGCUUGAAAUGUGCUGGAAGAUGUAUAGAAUCCCCGGAAACUGUCAAAAAUUUCGAGGAACAUCUGGGAAAUGACGUUGUUGAAGCUGAAAUUGUUGGAUGGGUUCAAAAGCGUCUUGUAAAAAUGUACAUAGAUAGCUGCAAGGAGUUGUCUGAGGUAGCAAACAUGAAGGUACUCAGGAAGCUUUACAAUUUAGAGGUGUCAGAUGAUGAGAUCAUUGUGUCCGACUGCGACUUGCAAGAUCUGUCAGUGACACCGUUGAUAAACGCGCUGCAUUCGCACAAAACAUUUGCAAUCCUGACCUCUCUCUCAUAAUUUCUUGGGUACAUCUUGCUGGAGAAACUUCAGAAGGUGUUCACUGAAUCAGGACAAAUCUAUGGGGGCUUGACUCUAGAUUUGCAUUGCAACAGGUUCGGUCCAACUGCUUUAUUUCAGGAACUUAAACCAUUUCAACCUUUGCACAUUUGUGAAUGCCCGGCACUAUUUGCUCGACUGGAAGUGCUGAACAUUUCUGGGAACCGUCUUACGGAUGCAUGUGGGUCUUACCUCUCAACAGUCUUGGCGAAAUGUACAGCUCUCUAUAGCUUGAAUGUGGAGAAUUGUCAUAUCACAACCAGAACUAUCCAAAAGAUUGCUGAUGCAUUGGACUCUAACUCUGUACUUGCUCAGCUCUGUAUAGGAUACAACAGUCCUGUAGCUGGAAAUGCUGUUGUUAAUCUCGUCGCCAAGCUUUCUACAAUGAAAAUGUUUUCUGAGCUGAACUUAAGUGGUCUAAAACUAGGCAAACCUGCUGUUGAUUCCCUGUGCAAACUUGCUGGGAAUACAAAUUUUUCAGGACUGAUGCUCGGAAGCACUGGCAUUGGAACUGAAGGGGCAAUGCAAUUAGCGGAAUCAUUGUCCCGGGGGAUUCAAGAGCUCGUGAAACUUGAUCUGUCAUAUUGUCAGCUCAUAACCAAUUCUGCCUUAAACACUAGUUUUAAUUUAUUCUGUUCCGUGCUUGAGCUUAAUCUGGAAGGAAAUCCUAUUACGCCCGAGGGAAGUAAUUGUCUAUCUUCUCUUCUCAUGAGUCCACAGUGCUGCCUAAAAGUUUUGGUCCUUAGAAACUGUCAGCUUGGGCUUGCCGGAAUUCUUCACGUAACUGAGGCACUAGCAGAGAACAACUACCUGGAGGAGCUUAACCUUGCCGGUAAUGCCGUUCCAAAUGAACUUCACACUUUACAACUCGACUUCUCGGCUGAAGGACGAUCACAAAUUGUAGAGACUCGUCAGGAGGAUUUACCCAUGAUAGUGGAUGAUAGUGAAGAGCCUCUUUGUGUUCUUAACACCGACUAUCAUCUACUUGAAGUUGCCGACAGUGAAGAGGGUCCGGCAAGAGUCGAAGCCACUGCUUCUGGAAUUGAUGAUAAUUGUGCUGAUUCGUGUCAAAGAAAUUCCUCAUCCCCUGAGUGCAAAUUCAUUCAACAACUUUCAACUGCUAUUGCUAUGGCAAAGCACUUGCAAUUGCUUGACAUUAGCGAUAAUGGAUUCUCCACUGAAGUUGCAGAAACACUCUAUAGUUCUUGGUCAUCAACAGUACGAGCCGCUUCAAGUCAGAAGCACAUCACAGAGUGCAUUAUUCAUUUCUCAACGAAGGAAAAUAGGUGCUGCAGAGUGAAACCAUGUUGCAAGAAAUUUUGAUUUCGUUGCUUAUUUUAUUGGUUUGCAGAAUGGAGGUCGACGUUCUGUGUCAAAUUAUUGGAGCCAUUUAUAUGGAUUUUUCUCGAUUUCCGCA